UGGUAAUAACAGAAUGUCAGAUUUUGUAGACGUCAAAACAUUUUUAAAACGAAAACAAGAAAUAUUUUAUCGUCAUUUUGUUUAAUAUUCAAUAAUAUUAAUUCGAAAUUCAAAAUUUCAAUUUAGACGACAGGAUUUUGUGAUGUAUACCUUACUUUAUGGAUUUUAUAAAUAUUUGACUCGAAAAGAAGAAUAUUGUGUCCUUAUUUUGGGUCUUGAUAAUGCUGGAAAAACUACUUAUUUAGAAGCAGCUAAAACAAAAUUUACAAAAAAUUAUAAAGGAAUGAAUCCAGCAAAAAUUACUACAACAGUUGGAUUAAAUAUAGGUACAAUAACUGUACAAGGUAUUAAAUUAAAUUUUUGGGAUUUAGGUGGCCAAAUGGAAUUACAAUCACUUUGGGAUAAAUAUUAUCAGGAGUCACAUGCGGUUAUAUAUGUCAUAGAUUCAAAUGAUCGUGAUAGAAUGGAAGAAUCGAGGCAAAUAUUUGAUAAAAUGAUAAAAAAUCAUCUUCUGGAUGGAGUACCUUUAUUAAUUUUAGCUAAUAAACAAGAUCUACCAGAUGUAAUGGGUGUAAGAGAUAUAAAACCAGUUUUUCAACAUUCUGGAGCUGAAAUUGGAAGAAGAGAUUGCUUAACAAUACCAAUAUCAGCUUUAACAGGAGAAGGAGUUGAUGAAGGAAUAACUUGGCUAGUUCAUGCUAUUAAAAGAAAUUCAUUAAUGAGACCGCCGAGAGAGAAUGAUUAGUAAUAGUAUAUAGAAAUUGGCAAAUUAUUAUUAUGAGUUUUUAUUAAAAAAAAAUAUUUCUUUUAAAAAAUUAAACUAAUUGUAUAUUGAAAUAAAUUCCAUUUAUAUAAUAUUAUUUUAAUUUAUUACAAAAAAAACAAAAAAAAACACGAAAAAUUAUUUGAUUUAGUGUCCUGUCUACCAUCGUAUUUUUGUCUUAAACUAAAAAAAAAGGCUAUAAAAUCAAACAAAAAAAAUAAAAAACAGCAAUUAUACAAAUAAUAAGAAAUAAAUAUUAAU